ACUCAAGUCAAAGGUCAGCAAGACGCUGACUGCCUACCGAUCAUUCUACAGCCUGACAAAGCAGUUCACCUUAAUGAACCAGUCGCGACGGACGAAAGGGACUAUAAAGUACCCGUUUAGUACAGGUACUCACAUAAACCUCUGAGAUAUGGAAACUGUCCAAAUCUGACGAAACCCUCUUGGCCACUUUCGCGAGGAAGUUGCUGAAAUACUUCUAAUGCUCCGUAUGUGUGCAGGCACAAUGGAGGAUGUAAUGACGAGCUAUAUGAAAUGUACCAUGAAAGCGUGAAAGUGUCCGCCAUUAGCGGCCGGGUAAUGGAUUGGCUGACGAAGGCGUGAGUGGUUAGCUUGAUGAUCAUUGCAGCUUGAGUCCUUGGUAGCUUGAUGAUCAUUGCUACUGCUCAAUGAAAGUGCGUCAUGACAUGCCGAACACGACAUGCGAAUGCUUGUGUUCAACACGAAACUCUGACUGACAAGCUGAGCUUAAUGUCGGCGCAAGCAAAAUCACGUUUUUUUUCUGGCUGUGAACAGUGCUGCCAAAUACCACUGUAAUACCAUUGUUACAGUCACCAACACACAUGACUGAAACGAAGCUUAACUCAGAUCACGUGAGAUGAUCAGCUGUGAGACUCAAACAAUUGUUGCGACCAUCAUAUGUUUGGUGACAUUAUUUUAGCACUCAACUUUUGGUCACUCACUUAGUCACGACAUUUUUGUCGGUGAUAAUCACGACAUUCUUGGAAUAUACUUGGCGUGUGGUCCCAAGCACCAAAAUUAUCGCGCUAUCUGCUUUGAUACUACGAUACGAGAUACCAUUUCAUUUUUUUCUUGGAACCACUCGCACGCACCGCAUAUCUCCCAUGACUAUCGUGAUGAUCAUCGACCGAAAAUAUCGCGACAAAGUGACUGACCAAGAGUUGGUUGCACAUAAUGUUACCAAUCAUGUGAUGGUAGCAUCAACUGUUUGAGUCUCACCUCUGAUCAUCACAGUAGAGCUCAUGACGCUGACAUGAUUUGGUUUCAGCCGGAAUUUUUCAAGACUAUGGUAGUGACAUUUUGCAGAACUGAUCACAGCAAAAAUUUCAUGACAUAGUGACAUAAAGCGUUGGUUGCAAAAAUGUCACGAAGCAUGCAUUGGUCACACCAAUCGUUUUGAGUAUCACAAUUGAUUACGGGACGCUGCAAUGGGUUUUGUAUCAGCCGGAUUUUUUUUUAUGAAAUUGACAUUGACAUUUUUUAGCAAUGCUCUCCUCCUGAGGCCGACUGAGACAGCAAAGCGGUUAUAAGGUUGCCGGAUAAUGCAAGGCAAGGCAAACUUACAGAUUUUUCUGGGUACAAACAUCAUUUUCAUUUGCCAUUGAUAUUUAAUUAUCUGAGAUAAGAAUGAAUAUCACGCAAACAAUGAGACCCCAAAAUUUGGCUGAUUUAUACCAAGGGGUAUGAGGAAGCUUUAGGAAGUAAGGAGAACACACGUGCUGUCUCGCUUACACUACAGCAUCGAACCAUCGCUCUGUGUGUUCCCUCUUCUAUGCGAACAAAACCUUCAGUCCCCUUGGUCAGAAUUAGCCAAAUAUUGGGAUCGUAUUGUUUACGUAGAAUACAUAUGUGUAAAGUAUUAUUAUUUAUAGCCAGAAAGCAUCUCAAAGCAAUAGUUCCUGGAAUCGUGCGUGCAGCUAGACAAUGUUUCCGGAAUUUAGAUUAUAAAAGCGUUCCUGAUUGAUGCAUCGAAUCAUUAGCCUUUCAACAGUCAUAUGGCUCUUGUUCUUGUCCCAGCAUCAGACGCCGAAUUAGCAAAGCUUCAAAAUGAUAUCAUACAUUACGUUUUUAAUAUCCUUGGCAACUUUCGCUAAUCGACAGUGUAAUGUUGAUAUCAAAUCACAACUGAACCAAAUGGAACCACUAUUCCUGCGCAAGAAUGAGUUGUGGACUCCGAACGGACGAUGGUUGCAGUGGAAGACCGGUGAAGCUACAAUGAUUGCCUGUCCUGGUAAUCGAAUCCGAAACACUGGAAAAGAAAGAGCCUACAUUCGGUGCGUGUCUGGAAGGACGUUUGCCUUAGGAGCAUCACAUGUAAAUAUUGCCAACAUUGCUUGUGUUUCCAAAACUACCGGAAAGCAUCGAAAUUCGGGCACUAGUUGCGGUAGUGGUGGAACGUUGCUGGGCUUGGGAUUUAAUGUUCCGGGCCUUGCUUUCAUAACGUAUCUUGAAACGUGCUACAACAUGCAAACGGCUUCGGUGCUUUUCACGCGUCAUACGAUACGAGGAUCAGCUAUCAAUUAUGCCAUUACUAAAACAAACCGGUCAACAUAUAAACCGGAUGGUGCCCCUGCAAAUGUUCCAUUUGCCACGGCUUACGCCCAAAAACGGCAACUUAAACGUUUUACCGAUCUUCUGGGAUCCGCUGCUCAGGCGAAACGAUUCAUCUCGUCUGGUUCUUUUCUUGAGCGGGGGCACAUGGUACCGUUUGCGGAUGGUAUAUUUCGUCCAUGGCGAUGGGUCACCGAUUUCUACGUCAACGUCGCUCCCCAGUGGGUGGCAACGAAUCGGGGAAACUGGAAGGCCGUUGAAGCUGCAGCUCGCCAAGUCGCGGGUCGCUUAGAGGAGGAUGUACUGGUUUUUACGGGAGUUUACGACAUUCUUACCCUUCCCCACGUAAAUGGCCAUCAGGUUCCGAUCACACUGGAUGCCAAGGGUAUUGAAAUACCCAAGUGGCUUUGGAAAAUAGUCAAAUCUAUACGCAGAAAUGCUGCCAUCGCACUCGUCACUAAUAACGAUCCGUUCAGAAGAAGUAUGCCAGCUGGUGAGAUGCUGUGUCAGGAUAUCUGUGCCCAAUACGGGUGGGGUAAUGCAAAGUAUGACAAAUUUGCGAGUGGUUUCACCUACUGCUGUACGGUGAAGGAUUUGCGGCGCUUUAUUCCUACUAUUUCUUCCGAAGUUGAUGCAGCGAAUGUGUUGCACUUCUAAAAUGCAACUGCAGUUAAACAACACGUACUCUUCAAGAUAAGGGUGAUAAUGCCACGCUUGCCGGUUGCCACGAUAACGGUUGUAAAGAGGUAGAUUAAAGUGAUGGAGAUAGAUGAAGAUUAGUCAAUACAUCAAUAUUGCAGAACUUUGUUAAUAAAUAAGUCAAAAUAAAGUGAUUCAAUUCAAACUCUUUGCUGGGAUCAGUGUAAUCAGGUGUAUCUCAUCUCACUAUUCAAUGUUAUUAACUACAGUUGUGCGUCAUACUAGAAAUAUUUUACAACAUCGGAACAUCUAAUUAAGAAAUACAACAAAAUGUAAAACAAAAUUGUCUAAACCCCAGAGUUGCAUCAUGACCUCACAUCUCAGUCGAUAUCUGUCGACAUCAGAGCAUCAUAAAAAAAGCUUUUCGUUUCAAUUUCAAGAAAGCUUUGAAGCUUUGGAAACCCUAGCCGCAAAAUUGAAGAUUUCGGACGUCGUGUGGACGUCGUGUGGACGUCCACCCGACGUCCACACGACGUCCGGUUUAAGAGGUUACUCGACCAAGCGAACUUUUUUAGACGGGUUUUAUGGCAAAAAUUGUGGCAGAUUUCCCAGGGUUGUUGUAUCGAAUAGCAGCAACAAAAAAUAAAUUUUAUGGAUGGGUAGAAAAAAAUGAAUCUUGCCCGCCCCCUUACUCCUUCCUGGUCGGUAGUUGCGAUCACACCAGCUGUUCAUAUGAUGGUGGUGGGAGUGAUAUCGCUUUUCUUCUGUCUUCUUUAUCCGUUCUACCAGAUCAUACGCGUUUUCAGUGACGUCCUUCCCCACCUCCUUCGUUUUCCCAGCAGUUAUUGGCGAAUGCUUGACCUUGUGUGAGCGCGCUUGACUUGGGGUUAUUGUUUUUUUCCUUCCCGUUUUUUUUGGCCGCUGAUGCAUUGCGCGUUGGCUAGAGCGCCGUCGUUCGAAUCUGGAUUUGAUCAACGCGCAAGUUGACGUGUGGAUGGAAUCGAUUUACCGUUCGUGCUAUUUGCCGGAUCGAUUGAAUGCAUGCUUCGUACUGGUUUUAUAUUGUUUGUUAGUGCAGUUAGUUGCGCUUGUGCAAAAAAAAAAAAUCAAUUCAAAUAAAAGAUCAUUCAAUGCACUAGUCCGCUCAUGUUACGCCAACCAAUGCUUAGCUAAAGUAAACGGAAGGUCAAAUAUUAAAAUGAGGGAUAUCAUAGAACACAUAUUGUCUUUCCAUUAUAUUUUUUCUUUAAUAACGUACAAACCCUCCAAUCUUCUCCCACCCCUCCCUCCCUUCCUCUCUCGCUCCCACCGGAUUGAAGGUUAGGAUUUACCCACCAUGGUGUACUCUUUUAAUUCUAAUUCCCGGGGUCUAUUGUUCGGAAGAGAAAAUGGAACGUCUCCCCCGCCUCUCGCUCGAUGCUGUAAGCGAGGAGCGACCCGCCCCGGCUUGGCUGACGCAUGCAUCGCUCGCGUUGCCUGGCUUGCUCCUUCUCUCGCCUUAUUUGGAGACGCAUCAUCGUUGCGGAUGGUGCUGCGCGGCCAUGUCGCUGCCUGGAGGAUGGCAUAGAAAGUUGUGUUCUAGCCCGUCGCUGUCCUGGCGAUUGACGCAGGAUGCGUAAGUGGCGUGUAUGCUGCAUGCAUAGUGGAUAGCGCUGCGGCUGCGCUCGAGGAUUGGCUGUGACGACCGGACCCCGGGAGCCUCAAAUGCCGGUGAUGCAGCCGGUCCUUUCACGCGCAAAGCUGCUCAACGCGUCCCCGCAUUUUAUGGAAGGCUUGGCUGGAUUUGGCUGCCCCUCGUUGUCGUGCUACCUGAACACAACACAACAACGUGACCGUCCUGCGUUCAAACCUCGUUUGAUCCUAGUGGCCCAGGACUGCCUAUCUCGCUAGGGGUAAACCAAUUAGUAACAGGUCACGUCAACUCGCACGACUUAGCAACAUUCUCGCCAUGAGUUCAAGCCUCGUAUGGACCGUCUCUCGUAGCAACGGCUAACUAUCCGGCAUGACCGCGUAGGUCGUUGCACCAAGAAGAAGAAAGGAGUGGCUGAGACAGGCAGAAAAGCAAUGUUUACUGUGUCAAAUAAGAAAAAGAUGAAGAAGCUUUGUACGAUCCGCUGCUCAUAAGAUUGAUGUGGACAAUGUGGACAAUACAGAAAUAAGAACAUCGAUUUUCAAAAAAUGCAUGUUGAUCCCUUCCUGUAUGUUCUCCCCGUUCCUGUAUGCUACCUCCAGUUCGCUUCGCUCUCGUCCCCCAUUGUUUAGAGCCCAUCGUCGCUUCGGAACAGCAAACGCUACUACACGCCAUCCCCGCUUUCAUCUUCUCAUCUCACUUCUUCGAAUAUCACCCUUCCUGGUCCUCCGGUUCCUUCCGCUCUUGUUAGCUCCCCAUUUAUUUACUCGCUUUCCCCUUCUUUCCUUCCCAUUCCUUUUCUUUCGUAUUGCUGUUCAAUGAUGCUAGCAUAGUUUAGAAUAACAAAUGUAAACUGUAUUUGUCGUAAGCCUUAAGGCAAACAAUAGUGAAGUGCGGGCAGGGGCGGAUUAACCAGAGGCCAAACCAAACUAAGGGGCCGCGUGGGGCUCCGAGGAAAGGAUCCAGCGUAAUCCUUCUCAGUCGGAACCAUCCGUAAACGAUCCAGUUCAUUUGGGUCGACUCGAACUCGUUGCACCCACGGGUCGGAUUGGCGCCUGCCAAACUACCUAGCGCACUCGCUGACCACAUACCAGCGCUCCAUAGAACCACUUGGUCGAUUGCAGCCCGUGGCCGAUAAGACCCCACAGCUCCCUGCCAUCUCCCUGCUCUCUUUGUUGUACGGGUGAUUUCGCCUUCCCCCACGUAUCGAGGCCGCGUGCGACAUUGCAAGCUCAUAGCCUCCCGCACCCAUUUUCUUCUUCUUCUUUGACGUAACGAAAAAUGCUGUAGACAGGGCUGAAACGGCUUCUUAACCUUACUCAAAUCACGCUAUCGGAUAGUGGGUUCUUGCUAUCUGGGGAAUGGUCUGGAUAAGAAUCGAUCUCGUCCGGUCUCGUAGGAACCGGUCUCAUUACAGCAUGCGUUCAAUGAGUCGGGGCGCUGGUCGAAGAGAGCACCAGAGUGACGAUGAAAAGAUUGCAGCUGAUUGCCGUUUGGUUUAAAGGGUAUACAACAUGCGGCAUUUAAUUGUUGCUCGACCGCAUAAAAAGUUUACCAAAAUAUGUCCCAAAUCUACAAACAUCAUAAUACUGUGUUUGUGGUUGUGUUAGUCACAAAACGCUUUAGGUGCAGUUAACUUCCUUUAACGCAUCAAGAGGAUUCGCAGCCAAUGUCACACACGGGAAAAACAAGGACAAAGAAAACUCCCUCACGUGCGAGAAAGAGCAGCAACAACCAUACCGUUGAGCCGAUAACAUGGAGAGAAUGCGACGGGACAUCAUCGUCUGUGCGCGAGAGUGAAACAAAAGACAGAACCAUAAUCUUCCCAUCCAUAAUCAGCCACUAUAAUUUGUGUGUGUGUGUGUUCGCCCCAUACAAAUGGCAUAAUUUUUAUUUUCGCUUGGUCGAAAAUCGCGGCGAAAACCCGAUUUUGCGGCUGGGGAAGCUUUGCAUGCCGUUUCAAAGUCGACUUACAGUGCGGGGCAUGAUAGUCAGUGAGUUAAAAAUAUCAUUUUGUAAUUAUUGAAUUAUCUGACAUUUACAUUUGUUUUACGGCUCAGUUUUCAAUGUGAACAGCAUUAUUCAAUACUUGCAAGAUGUUUUUCAACUGUUGUCGUUAUUUGCGACAGCAGGGCUGUUGAAGAAACCUUGCGCGAUUGUUGAAUAAUGACGUUCACAUUUAACAAAACUGACCCGGAAAACAGUUAAAGCUUUUUUUUAUUGUAAUUGUUUUAUAUUCAUCAUAGAACCGACUGAGAGAGAGAGAUAAAGGGAGAGAAUAAUACACAUACAGAGUGAGAGAAUACGAGAGGAAGAGAGAAAGAGAAAGAAAGAGAAAUAAAGAGAAGAGAAGAGAGUGAGAUAUUGAAAGAGAAAGAGAGAGACACAGAGAGAGAGAGCGAAAGAGAGAGAGAGAGAAAAAGAGAGAAAGAGAGAGAGAGAGAUAGAGAGAGAAAGAGAGAGAGAGAUAGAGAGAGAAAGAGAGAGAGAGAGAAAGAGAUAGAGAGAGAGAGAAAGAGAGAGAGAGAGAGAAAGAGAUAGAGAGAGAAAGAGAUAGAGAGAGAGAGAAAGAGAGAGAGAGAGAGAGAUGAAUUAUGUAACUGGGUUUCUCAAGCUAGCUCAACAUAGUAACACUAUUUUUCUAUCACGUCAAGCGUAAAAUUCUAACUCGAAUCAGGAAAACGUGUGUUGCCUCACAAGACAAAAAAAUGGAAUAAAUAUUUUCACUAUUCUUAAAUACCUUAAUAAAACCUUAGCGAUUUUUUUUUCUUCCAAUUUUUACGCACAAAUAGCCCACAGUGCACAACCAUAUUCAUUCCCCGCUGCGAAUGAACUGGAAUACGCUUUGUUGUGAGACACGGCCUGCUUGCCGGCGCACACAGUUGCGUGUUUUCUGCGUGUUCAUUCUGGUCGCAGAGCACGCUGCGAAUGAACGAUUCAUGGCAAGCGGUGCUUCGACGGCUACCAGCGUAACGUUGACCGUUCAUUCGUAUUUUGAACCGCGACCAGUGAACACGGACAGUCGCUGCGUAUCGAGCCGUUGUGCCGGGUGGCGUGAAAUUUUGCGUGCGUAAUAUAUCAAAAAAGUCUUUAUUUGGCGUUUGGAAAUUUUAUUAACGGGUUGUGUGUUGCUUGAAAGUACUAAUCACCAGUCUCAACCUGUGUGUCUAUGUCUGUAUGUGUGUGCGAGUGUAAGUGUGCGUGAAAGUUUUCCCAACAAGUGUUGAAAGUUGAAAAAUCAUUUCAGUAUAAAAAAUCCAAAAGUGCUUGAAAAGAAUCUGCUCCCCAAACAUCACACAGUGCAGUGCAGUGUGAAAAGAAGUGUUUCCCUUCAACCCCCCCUGCUCCUACCCUGGUGUGUGUGUGUGUGUGUGCCAGGGCUGAAGAGCUUUUUUUGCUGUUCGGUUGUGCUGUUCUGCAUCUUCCAGCGUCUUCCAGCUUCCAACAAGCGACGAACCGACCGCGCCAAACGAUGAAUCUUCGCGGCUGGGGUGCGGUGCAGCUUGCACUGGCGUUCGCCGUCGUGCUGGUCGGAACCAUGGUUGAAAGUACGUGUGACUCCAUCCGCUUUUUCAGCGUAACUUGCAUUAUUCAGGAAAAAGUAAAAUGAAAAAAAACCUCCAGACCAACCAGGCAGCAGGAUCUUAAUCAUAAUCAUAACAAUCGAACACACCUUCUGCCAGCGCGUAUCAGCGGGAACGCGGGGUUUAUGUUCGAUUUGUUUUCAUCGCCGAGACUCCAUUAAGCAGCGAUUCACGAUCCACAAGCACAAGCCCAGCUGAGAUUUACUCUCGUAAGGGCGGGGGGAAAGCGUCUUGGGGAUGCACACCGGUUGGUAGGGUAGGUGGCAAACAUUCUCCAUAACGAAGCAGGAAACUUCUAUAUCCACCCGGACACAUCCAUUAAUACCCGGGGCCACCGGGUGAGCUCUCGCGUGGGGGUUUCCCCCCCUUUCAGACGCACACCGGCGGCAGCGACGGUGAGAAAUGUUUACGUCUGACGUGGGAAUAAUUUUCCAAAUCUAAAUCGCAAAAAGGUGGAUGCGCUGCGGCAGCGGUUGCGGCGAACGGACAAAGCGAAAACGGGGUGGAAAAUCUCGUCCGAAAUGUCUGUUUGUUUGUACACAUGUGUGUGAACGCGAACGCGGGUAGGGAAAUGAAGCAAUAUGUAGUAGUGGUGGAGUAGGCGUGGAAAAAGGGAAAAAGGUAAAGACACAGGCAGAAGACGUGCGAACAAAUGCCGAAGGAAAGCGCAACCAUCAAUCUUUCAGCGGACGAACGAAGCGAACGUACGACCGAACGGUGUCGGGAGAGCGUACGGAGCAAUAUUUUCUUCGCUUUAUUCGAUUACCUAAUAGGUGAACCGGGAAAACAGAAUUCCUUCGAUGAAAAGGAAGGAGUGGAGUGGGCAAAAAAAAGCAAAGCAAUUCGGAAAAUUCCCUCGCCCCACCCUUGGUUCCUGGUUGCGCCUAUCUACUUCUACGCCUUCUACUGUGAAAUCGGUAGCAGUCAAAAUAAAUCUUCUCAUUAUGCGUCCUCGCCUGUGCUUCCCAUUUUCACCUAAUGAACAGAGUUAGCGCGAGAAGGAAGGGGGGAAGAGUGGUUGUGGGAAACUUCGGGAUGAAAAAUGGGACAGUAGGGAAAAGUCUUAGAGAGAGAGAGAGAUAGAAAGGCAGUAAAAACUUUACCCCAACAUUCAUCAAACGCUGCCGUUUGAUUUGCGGUCAAGAUUUUCCGGCUAAUGCUACCGGAGCAACAACACUGGCAGCAAGGGAAAGCUCCCCUCGAGGAGAUCCAUUAAACUUUUCCCUUUUCUAUGGACAAAAUCGAUUAGCGCACACACACACACACACACACACACACACACAAACACAUUUUGUUUUGCACGGACGAGCGCGCGCGCUCGCCCAUUUGCUGCGUUUGCGGUUUUAUCACGUGCGCGCUUGCCAUUUUUGCGACGACGGCUCGCAGGUCGCACCCGUCCCAUCAUCUCGAGCCGGGCGAGCAGCGCAAAUGGUGAAAAAGUUUCUAAUGAGAAGUUUAAAUUGGUUCAUUUAUUGAUUUCGGGUGAAAAUUGUUUAUCAACGCGUGCCCGGGCCUUUGCCGGGAAUUGUCUCCCGGGCUUCCUGCGCUGAUUCGGCUUCGGAGGUGGGGUGGGGGGUUUUUGUUUAGAUUGGCAGCAAAUCUUUAUUACUUUAUAUUGAUCGUUUUGCCCCCGAGGGGGUGGGCUCGAAUGUUUGAUGCGAGUUUGAUUUUGCCGAUGGAUAGAUAGGACCGUGCCGUUGAUCGAAUGUUCUAUUUUAAGAAAAAAGCCAAAAGACGCUGAACAUUGUUUGGCAGUCUUGGUAGCGGCGUGUGAUGCAGCGAUGUUGAAAACUUUCCACGGCAUUAAGCAUAUUAAGAAUGUGAAAUUUUACUUUUUUACAGUCAGUUUUACACGAAUAUCUUUCCUGUUUCAUUGUUUUUAAAUCAAAGCAAACGUCAAAGGCAUUUGUUAAGCAUAAUGCAUAAUGCAGAAAUUUAUAACAAUUAUCAAAACACAUGUUAUUUAAAGCAUAAAAGAUAAAAAACAGCACAAAUGUAAAGAGAAGAUAUAAAAAAGAAAAACAAAUAUAAUAUAACAAAACUAGAAACAAAAACAUGUCGCAAAAGUAGAAAAGUAAUAAAUGAAAAACGUCCAAUCCUUAAAGAAUUACAUGGAAAUGGACUUCAAUACUUCUAAAGCAAAAAGAAAUAGAACAUAAAGUAGAAUAAAUUGACGAUCUUAAGGAUUUACACUAUUAAUUUAUUAAUGUUUUGAUGUUUCUUAAGAAAAAAAUUGAUUUAUAAAUAAAAAAUAUUUUAAAAA